AAAUUAAUUAACUAAAUAAAUAAACAAAAGUAAACUAUAAAAAAGGUAAAAAUGAGCAUAGAUGCACCAUUUAAAAACAAACUAAAGUUAAAAAAACCAUUUUCUAUAUAUAAUAUACAUUUAGGUAAAACUAUAGACAUUAAUGCUCCAAAGGGUUCCUUUUACCACAUGAAUUUUAACAAAUACUAAUCAUUUACGUUUGAAAUAAUAAAUACCUACCCUAAUUAAGAUUUCUUUUUUGGCCAUUUAGUUAUAGAUGAGAAAAUUCUUUUUUUUAACCUAGAGGGUAAUUGUAGUGUAGUCAAAAAAGGGAAAGGAUAUGAAAAUCAACUAAUCUUAGCGAUUAGGAGAAAUGACUAAGGCAUAAUUAGCAUUCAUUAAGUUUAAAAUGAUAGAAUUAUUAACACCAUUACUUGGAAUAAUUAAAAAUUCAAAUUUGAUAAAACUACUCAACCAAGUUUUGAGUGGUACUUCUUGCAAAAGUAGACAACUGAGUUAGAGAAUAAAGCUAUUAUAGUGACUAGCUUAAAAAACAUUAAUUAUGCAAUUUCUAGCAAGCCUGGAUAAAGAUUUGUAGAAUUAGAGAUUUUUAACAUGUAUAAUAAACAAGACUAUGCUUUUAAAGCAAAAAUUCAAGAUUAAUAAAAAUAUUUCUACUGUUUAGAACAAUUAAAUGGCGAGAAUUGUAUGACUGCAACAAAUAAAAUUGUUUAAAACUAACCUUUCUAAAAAGAGCUUUCGGAAUGGACAAUCAUUAAAAAUGUUGCAAAAGAGGAAUAUUUCUUUUUAUCUAUGAAGGUAUUUAAUUAUUUAACUAAUAUCCCUGAACCUGCAGGAUUAUAACUAGAUGCAGCGAAUUUUAUUUCUGGUAAUCAGUCUUUUAAGAUAGAAGAUUACAGUUAGAGGAAUAAAAAUAAUGAUUACAUAUAAGCAAGUGAAGAAAAUAUUGAAGAGGAAAAUCAUAUUGACUAAAGGCAUAACAUAAAUUAAAUGAAUAAUAAAUAAGAAUACAGAUUUAAAUCCUCUAAUAGCUCAAACCAUCAAGCUAAUUCUAUGUUAAAUUAAUCUUAUUUGGCAUAACAAGGAAAGAAUACAUUAGAGAAUAAUUCUUUAUAGUUAUAAUAAAACUAAAUAUCAUAAAGUCUUUCAUCUCAAUAAUAAAAAUUUGGAUCUAUACUACAUUCUGUUGAUGCAUUCAAAUCAGGUUAGUAACAACCUCAAGAAUAAAAUUAAAUCAAAAAUUAAUUUUAAAAGGUUGUAAUACUAAACUAAGGGUCAAAGUAAUACUUAAAAUUAAAUAACUAUGAAGUAAUUGAAACAAAUGAUUAAAAAUCGGCAACAAAAUUUUAGCUUGUACCAAUAAAUUCAAGCAAUGAAUAUUAUAUAUAAUUAUUUGACGAUAACAAAAAAAUUCUGGGAUCACACUAAGAUAUACCUGUAACACCUAUUAAGAUACUUGAUAAAAGUAGCUACUCAUAAGAAAAAUUCUAAAUGAUUAGUGAUAAUUAAUCAUGUUGCGUUUUCAAAUAAAAAAAUUCUUAUUUUUAGAUAAUUGGUGGCAAAUUGUUCAAAUCAGAAUUAAAACAAAAUAAUUAUAAUAAAUUUAUAAUACAAUAAUACUACUGA